GGGCCAAGAUGCCGUGGCGUUGUUAGUUGAAAUGACUUUGGGAUAUGUGAGGAAGAUGUGUUCAGUGACUUGAAAAACGUGUUUUCCCGCACAAGACAGGUCGUGGCUUUCUGUAGGAUUUAUUUCAGAACAGUAUUGAAGCGAUCAGAUUUUCAAGGGUUGGUGCAGCCUUGAAGUCAGGGACCACUCAUCCACCUGCUUGACUGAACUAUUCGAAUUGAGCAAGCUCUCUGGUGUCCGUUGGCUUCUAAGUAUAAUUCAUACAAAACCAUUAGAGAUUGUAUUCCUGAUUGACGAACAGAGGAAGGAGGCCUCUUACCUUGGAAACAGCACAGUUGGCUUCCAUGUCAUCUUUGAAUGUGAGAGAUAAUCCUAGUUUCAGCCUGUCCUCAGUAGAGACCAGCAGACCAGGUUUAUUCCUUCAAGAAGUCUCCCCAAACGACAACCAUUUGCAGAAGUAAAUAAUACCUGAGGAGACAUCACAGUUUUCCCAGAUCGGGAGAAGAAAUAUGGAAUGUGUUUUACCGCUGACUGAACACAACCAAAUGAACUGUCCUGACAGUAGUUUGAAAGCCAGCAGUUAGCAGUUUGUUCAGGCGCUAACACUGUCCAGCACUUUCCAGAGCAAGCUCACUGUUUACAAGAACUCUCAGCCUUACAAAGCUUAUAACCUCAAGCUUUGUUUAUUUAAAAUAUUCUACGAAAGAAAAGUACCCAGGACCCAUUUUCCAAAAUGGCCAUGGAGGAAUAUUUGUGGAUGGUCAUUUUGGGUUUUAUUAUAGCUUUCAUCUUGGCAUUUUCUGUCGGUGCAAAUGAUGUGGCCAAUUCAUUUGGUACCGCUGUGGGUUCUGGUGUGGUAACCUUGAGACAGGCAUGCAUUUUGGCUUCAAUAUUUGAAACCACUGGCUCUGUGUUGUUGGGAGCCAAAGUAGGAGAGACUAUACGAAAAGGUAUCAUUGACGUGAACCUGUACAACAAGACCGUAGAAACGCUGAUGGCUGGGGAAGUUAGCGCGAUGGUUGGUUCAGCUGUUUGGCAGCUGAUUGCAUCCUUCCUGAGACUUCCAAUCUCAGGCACUCAUUGCAUUGUUGGUUCCACUAUAGGAUUCUCACUUGUUGCAAUUGGCACAAAAGGUGUGCAGUGGAUGGAACUUGUCAAGAUUGUUGCUUCUUGGUUUAUAUCUCCACUGUUGUCUGGUUUCAUGUCUGGCGUGCUGUUUGUACUGAUCAGAAUGUUCAUCUUGAAAAAGGAAGACCCUGUUCCCAACGGCCUCCGGGCACUUCCUCUCUUCUAUGCUGCUACCAUAGCAAUAAACGUCUUUUCCAUCAUGUACACAGGAGCACCAGUGCUGGGACUGGUGCUUCCAAUGUGGGCCAUCGCGCUCAUUUCCUUUGGCGUCGCUCUGUUCUUCGCCCUUUUUGUGUGGCUCUUCGUCUGUCCCUGGAUGCGGCGGAAAAUAGCAGGCAAAUUACAAAAGGAAGGUGGUUUAUCACGAGCCUCUGAUGAAAGCCUCAGUAAAGUCCAGGAGGCAGAGUCCCCAGUCUUCACAGAGCUACCAGGCACCAAGACCAGCGACGACAGCACUGUCCCUCUCACUAGGCCAUCUGGGGAGAUAUCAGGGGCUUCAGAAGGCCCCUCCACAGGAAGCCACCCCCGGGCUGCCUACGGACGGGCGCUUUCUAUGACCCAUGGCUCUGCAAAGUCACCAGUCUCCAAUGGCACCUUUGGCUUUGAUGGCCACACAAGGAGUGAUGGUCAUGUGUACCACACUGUACACAAGGACUCGGGGCUCUACAAAGACUUGCUGCACAAAAUCCAUGUAGACAGGGGCCCUGAAGAGAAGCCAGCUCAGGAGAACAACUACAGGCUGCUGCGGAGGAACAACAGUUAUACCUGCUACACGGCAGCCAUCUGUGGCCUGCCUGUCCAUCCCACCUUCAAGGCCACUGACAUGUCCUCAGCCCCCGAGGACAGUGAGAAGCUGGUGGGGGAUACUGUGUCCUAUUCUAAGAAGAGACUUCGCUAUGACAGCUACUCCAGCUACUGUAAUGCAGUAGCAGAAGCGGAGAUCGAGGCAGAAGAAGGUGGUGUGGAAAUGAAGCUGGCAUCUGAGCUCUCAGAUCCGGGCCAGCCUCGAGAGGACCCUGUGGAAGAAGAAAAGGAAGAGAAGGAUGCAGCUGAGAUCCACCUCCUAUUCCACUUUCUUCAGGUCCUCACUGCCUGCUUCGGGUCCUUUGCUCAUGGAGGCAAUGACGUGAGCAAUGCCAUUGGGCCCCUGGUAGCUUUGUGGCUGAUUUACGAGCAGGGCGGAGUAAUGCAGGAAGCGGCCACACCUGUCUGGCUGCUGUUCUAUGGUGGAGUUGGCAUCUGCACGGGUCUCUGGGUCUGGGGGAGGAGAGUGAUCCAGACCAUGGGGAAGGACCUCACGCCCAUCACCCCAUCCAGUGGCUUCACAAUCGAACUGGCCUCAGCCUUCACGGUGGUCAUCGCCUCCAACAUUGGGCUACCUGUCAGCACCACACACUGUAAGGUGGGUUCGGUGGUGGCUGUGGGCUGGAUCCGUUCCCGCAAGGCCGUGGACUGGCGCCUCUUCCGGAACAUUUUUGUGGCUUGGUUUGUGACUGUCCCCGUGGCUGGCCUGUUCAGUGCUGCAAUCAUGGCUCUCCUCAUGUAUGGGAUCCUUCCAUACGUGUGAUUUGUGGUCUUCCAGCCAGUACACUGCUAAAGGCUCAGUCCAGCAUGGGUGUGUGGAAGUCAUGCACCCGCGUCAUCCACACACACCUGAGCACACAUGGGCUGUCCCUAGCCACCUCUCCACAUCCUUGUCAGACGUUCCUACCACACCGCUCGCCAGGCUACGGCGACACACCAUCAGAGCUAACCGAACUGCUGUAUAUAGUAAUGUGUGUUAAACUGUCUUGUGGUACAAGGUGGCGCAAUUACUUAUAUACUAAAUAUACAUUGUACACAUAGAAUAGGUAGCAUUGCAAACAUACUCAAAAUGGGAGUGGAGAUUAUUGCCUAGAAUUCAGUAUUAAUAAAUCAUGUACAUAAUGAUUUCAGUGGCAAAUGUUAAGAACUUUACAGAAGAAAGUGUAGAUUGGGAAAGGGUUUUUGCCAAAUAUUUUCCCCUUUUAAUAUACUACAAGAUGAGUGAGAUACACAACACAAACUUGGGCAAGUGUAUGUAGGUGUGACUGUUAAUGCUGGGACAAGAGGUCACCAGUGCUUUCACUGAGAAAUGUGUUCAUAUGCUGUGUAUCAAUUAUUGUAUAAUAUAUCAUACUUGUUUUUGUAAAUACAGUACUUAAAACUGUACUUUUUUUAAUGGUGUGGUUCCCUUAUACUUUUUUGAGCAGAGAAUUUUGGAAAGUACCAAAGAAGCAGGGGAAUAGUUUGCCAGUAUUAAUUUCACUUUGCCUGUCUCCCUUCCCAAGCUCACUCCCAUUGCCUGGGAUGGAUGAAGACCAGCCAAGCUCGAGCUCGCACCAGAGCAGGGUGUGUGGUCGAGCACCAGCCACACCUCACAUUUGUGUCAUGUUUUGGUCCCCCGCCACAUCCCACAGCAGCACCACUGCUGCCACAUACCAGAUCCUGCUCAGCCCCACAGUGGCCUUUUAUUGUCACCAGCGUGGAGAAUGUACUGAUGUAAGGGUAUGACUAAGCACUACAUAGCAAGUCCAGGUGAGUUUCCACCCUGCAGCCUGCACCACAGAAUUCCUGUCUCAGACAUUAAAGUCCCUGAGGCUUUUGAUGUGCUUUGACAUUUUAGAAAUCUGGGAGCUAAGGGAGUUGAAAUAUUGGAAAAUACACUGGGUUUGAGGGUUUCCUUGACGCCUUUACAUCCCAACGCUCUCCUAUAGUCCACUGGAUCAUCUUCUCUUGAUAGCACGAGGGAAGAAGUCUGACUAAUGUUAGAGCCUGAAACUAUGGAAAUGCUGCUAAAAUUUUUAUAUUGACAAACAUUU